AUGCCGGCAAGUGGGUUGUACCACAUGGUGUCCCUCGAUGACCUGACCCGAGCACACUCCGCAUCUGGUACUGGAACGAGGGUGCUCGCUUCUGUUCCCCGUGGCGCCAGGUUCCAUGCUUCCUCCAGCGUCCCCGUUCCUGGUCGCUCGGUCAUCGGCACCCGGAGUACCCGUUCGUCCCGAUUCCCUUCCCCGGUGUGUUCGUGCCGGAUGUGAUGGCGUUCCUCUUUCUCGCGACUCACCGUCUGGAUCCGGUUCACUUCCCUGCCGGCGUCGCCUGUUUCCGCCUUGAGGUGGUUCCGAGGAAGUUCGUUGACGUUCACCCGAUGUAGUAGCGNAUAGUAGCGUCAUCCGACAAUCCGCUACCCUCGCGAGCAGAUGGUCUGCGCCGCCUUGGCGU